AUAUUCAGAAGGAGGUAUCUGGACUCGCAUGUCGGUUGGCUCUCUGGUGCGAUUUAUUCAUAACUUCGGCUGAAGAAAUGAUACUAAUAGAAUAUUAAAGCUGGUAUUCAACCUCAUUUCUCACGGUUUUCGUAAUUCGAAAGCAUAUGUCAUCGAGAAUGAGAAAACGCGCGUGGAACACCGUUCUUCGGGUGGUUCCCUGCUACUCCCAUGACUUUAAUGGCCGAACAUCGCUAGUUGUUUUCCUCUUCCUCAGCCUGUGUUCAGAUGUUCUCACCAAAGUAACACUGAAGAUCCAACCGUUUAAUUUUCCUCCAAAUCCACCAGAAGAAACUAACAUCCAAGUAGUGUGUGGCUUAGAACGUGGAGAUUUGCCAGUGGAGUUUCAGUGGUUAAAGAAUGACAUUCUAAUCACCAGAGGGAGUGUAUAUGAUAUUGUUCCCUCGUCAACUGUUUCUGUAUUAAUUAUUAAAAACGCUACAGUGAAAAGUUCAGGAAAUUACACGUGCAGUGCUCGAGGCCCUAGCGGCGAGGAUAGUUAUACAGCCGAGUUACUGAUCAAAGGUCCACCAAGAUGGCGGACAAUUCCUGAAGACACAGUAGUUGGUUUAAAAAGUCCUUUGCGGUUACCAUGUAACGCCUAUGGAUACCCAACAUCAACAGUACACUGGACUAAAGGUCAUCCAACUAAAACAGGAGACACAGACCUCGAGAAGAGCCACUGGCAAACACUGUUGGAUGGGACUUUGAUCACUGACGCCAUUAAAUAUGGCGACGGCGGGGAGUACACGUGUACAAUAUCCAAUGGCGUUGGGCAAAAUCUUCAGAAAACUGUACAUGUUACUGUAAGAGGUAAAAAAAAAAAAGUCCCAAACCGGGAGUAAAAAUCUCUCCAGUCGUGGUGAAGUAAUAUCUCUAGAAGCCACUAGAGAGCGUAGCAGAUACAUUUUGCAAAACGCCCUCUUUAUCGUCCACCAAAUUUACAAAGCGUCUGAGAUACUUAUACUUUUAUUCAAGCUUUAAAAUGAGUCUUUUAUCUUUGGUAUCUUGAUUCCUCCGUGUAAAAGGGUUGUUUUUAAGGCUUGUGCUAAUUCUUGUAGUAGGAUUGAGUUUAAGGGUUAAACAAAUCCUAGGAUUGUGUUUAAAGAUUACCGUGUAAGGAUUGAGUUUAAGGGUUAAGCGAAUCAUAUUUACUUCGUCUGAUAACCGUCAUAGAUACGUUUUUUUAAAUUGAAUUUAAAAUCGUUUUUUUAAAUGAAUUUAUUAUUACAAAUCAAGUUUGU